AUGUGUGUAUUCCUCUUGGCUGCUGGUCUUUCCCUUCUCGACAACGCCAAUCCGAAUGUCUCCAAAGCCGCGAAAGUCGGUCCAGUCGUUCUAUUCGUGUAUCUUUUCACAAUCGCGUACUCUAUGGGAGAAGGACCUGUUGCAUUCCAAUACUCCGCUGAAGUUUUCCCAACUAUUCAGCGUGAGCAGGGCAUGGCCUGGGCUGUGUGCGUCAACAACACCUUCGCUGGUGUUCUCAGCUUGACCUUCCCUCGCAUGAGGACCGUCAUGACCCAGACCGGUGCAUUCGGGUUCUACGCAGGACUCAACCUCAUCGCAUGGUUCAUGAUCUUCGCUUUCGUGAGGGAAACCAAGCAACUCACUCUCGAGGAAUUGGAUCAGGUCUUCUCCGUCCCCACUAAGACCUUCCUCGGCUACGAACUCAAAGUCCAACUACCAUACUUUAUCAAGACGAGCAUCCUCCGCAAGAAGGGCCUCGAAAAGCCAGCGCCGAUUAUCGAGAAGGCUGAUGCGGGUAGUGAUGAGGAUGUCCUCACUGCAUAG